AAAAGAGUGAAAGUCUAGGAUAGUGUGGGAAAGUCCUUGUCGAUUUUCGAUAGGAUUGAAUCAAUCUUAGUAGUCGUAUACGUAGUAUGUUCUGUUGUUGCGUUUAAGCGAGUAGUUGGUUGCAAACAUUCUUAAUACAUGUCUGUUUCUCCUCCAUAAAUAAAAUUUUAUUUUCCUUUUUAUUAAAUCUAACAGAAUGUCCAACAAAGAAGAAAUUGAAAAGUUGAUCAAAGAACAGGGUGAUUUAGUACGAAAACUGAAAGCAGCCAAAGAGAGCAAAGAAAAGGUUGCAGAGGAAGUUGCUAAGCUUUUGCAAUUAAAAGCGCAAUUAAAUGGAGGCGAGGAAUCACAAAAUGCCAACCAGAAGUUUACUCUCAAAACCCCAAAGGGAACCAGGGACUACUCCCCAGAACAGAUGGCAAUUAGAUCCUCUGUUUUAGAUAAGAUUAUUAGCGUGUUCAAGCGUCAUGGAGCUGUAACAAUUGAUACACCAAUCUUUGAGUUGAAGGAAGUUUUAACUGGAAAAUACGGUGAAGAUUCCAAAUUGAUUUAUGAUUUGAAGGAUCAGGGCGGUGAAAUCCUUUCGCUUCGCUAUGACCUUACAGUUCCUUUUGCCAGAUUUCUGGCAAUGAAUAAGAUUAGUAACAUUAAAAGAUACCAUAUUGCCAAAGUAUAUCGCAGAGAUAAUCCUUCUAUAUCCAGAGGACGUUACCGAGAAUUUUAUCAAUGCGAUUUUGAUAUAGCCGGUGUUUACGAUGAAAUGAUCCCUGACGCGGAAUGUGUAAGAGUUGUUUAUGAAAUUUUGAGCACUCUUAACUUGGGCUCUUUUGUUAUUAAAUUGAACCAUAGGAAAUUGUUGGAUGGUAUGUUUGAAGCAUGCGGUGUUCCUGCUGAAAGCUUCAGGUCGAUUUGUUCUGCUGUUGAUAAACUAGACAAGUCUCCUUGGGAAGAAGUACGUAAAGAAAUGGUGGAUGAAAAAGGUUUAAGUGGAGAAGUAGCCGAUAAAAUUGGCGAAUACGUAAGGUUGAACGGUAAAAUUGAAUUGGUCGAGAAAUUACUCCAGGAUGAGCAUUUAAUUAAAAGCAAAUCGGCCGUCGAAGGUUUGGAAGCCAUGAAGACUGUUCUUAAAUAUUGCGAAAUCUACGGAACAAGCGAUAUGAUUUCCUUUGAUUUAAGCUUGGCUCGUGGUUUGGAUUAUUAUACUGGCAUUAUUUACGAGGCCGUUUUGUUAGGUGAAUCUGGAAAGGGAGAUGAUGUAGCCGUGGGAUCAGUGGCGGGUGGAGGUCGCUACGAUAAUUUGGUUGGAAUGUUUGAUCCGAAAAAUAAACAAGUUCCGUGCGUCGGAGUCUCCAUUGGAGUAGAGAGAAUAUUUGCUGUUCUGGAGAGUAAAUUGUCGGCAAAUAAAUCUAAACUACGCACCACCGAAGUUCAAGUUUACGUUGCAUCUGCACAGAAAAACUUGUUCGAGCAACGAAUGUUGCUUUGCAAAGAAUUAUGGGACCAGGGCUUCAAAGUUGAACAUUCCUAUAAGAAGAAUCCUAAGCUGCUGGCUCAGUUGCAGUAUUGCGAGGAACAAUUGAUUCCUUUGGUUAUCAUUUUGGGUGAAUCAGAAAUUCAGAAGGGAGUGGUCAAAUUGAGGAAUGUCAACAAUAGGGAGGAGGUGGAAGUGGCACGCAACGAGCUGGGCAUUGAAUUGCACAAACGUCUCGAAAAUUAUAAGGCCAAUGAAGCUCUAUAAUUUCAUUUUGCUUUUUUAUCAUGAUAA